AUGGCCACUGUGAAGCGCAGAGACUUUAUUCUUGCUGCCGUCGCAAUAUUCGUCGCCUGGGGUUAUCUGACUCACUGGCAGCCCAAGCUGCACUACCUCCCCUACGCCUUCGUCACCGGAGCACUUGCGACGCUCGCACUGCUGGCAUGGCUCACCUUCACCACCGCCUGGGACAGGGACCUACGACGCGGCGGAAAUGUCGACUAUGGGCCGCGCCAUGUUGCCUUUGUGGCGCCGGACAAGUGGAAGGCUGAGAGGGAGGCUCUGGACAAGAGGAACAUGUACAUGAUGGAACCGCUAUACCCCGCGUCCUAUGUGAUAUCAGACAGCCUCGAUGUCCUGAUCGGCCUGAUACUGCGCGAUUUCGUAAAGAGCUGGUAUGGGAGUAUCAGCAAGAGCCCGACAUUCGUACACGAGGUCGACAAGGCAGUGCGUGCAGCCAUGGGCGAGAUACGGGAACGCAUACUGGCAGUAGAUAUGGUCGAGAUGGUCGUGUCGCGCAUGAUUCCUCUCAUCACUGACCACCUGAAAGCGUCGUACGAGGCCGAGCGUGUGGUUCGAGGGCGCAAGCUGUCGCGCAAUAUCACAGAUUCAGAGGAGCUUGAUCUUGCCAUCGCAGCCAAAUACAAAGAGGGUCGGUUGCACCCUGCUGCGUCUUUGGCAUAUUCAAACACCAAACCAAUACAGCAGCAACACUUGAGGAGCAUAGUCACGCGACUCCUACCAAAGAUCAUGCCUGCCAAUAUGUCCACAAGCCCGGCUGUCAAUGUACUCAUCAAAGAGAUUGUGGCUUGUGCAGUCCUGUCGCCCGUGAUGCACAUGCUUGCUGACCCCGAUACAUGGAAUCAGCUCAUGGAGGGCUAUGGCCGGACUUUGCUGCAAGAAAGAAAGACGGUACGCAAAGUACGAGCUGCCCUCGACGAACACGCCCCGCCUGCACAAAAGACAACCAAAAACGCGCAGUUCCCUAAACUCUUGCCUAGCGAUAACGAACGGAAAUUCGAAAGGUUCAUGCGAGCAAUACAGCAAACAAACACGCUUGCAGAUGCUAGGCGUUUUCGUAGUGAGAUCGCAAGCCAGCUACGUAAAGAUUCGAUGAUUGAAGGUCAAGACCCCGUCUAUUUGCGUCGUCUUGAGUCGGCACGUCAUGUGCUCGAUACAAAGGUCGCGACGCUUAGUGCUGGUGGAUCGGUUCGUGCAAAAGUCACAGCCCAGGAAGCCCCAAAGCACAAGCGUUCGUCCUCUAAGUUCGCCAAUGCAUCUUUGCGCGAAGUGCUGUAUGACGCGUCAGGUCUUUCAUGCUUCAUGGAAUUCAUGGAUCAGACGGACCUCAUGCGACUAGUGCAGUUCUGGCUUGUUGUAGAUGGAUUUCGUAACCCGUUGGAAGUAGAGACUGAGGAAAGCCAGGACUAUGUUGGUACACUUCCCACGUGGACGGAGUCGGAUCGCGCAGAUCUGGCGCAGAUCCACGAGGCAUACUUGUCUAAGCCUGAACUCAAGAUUCUCCCGGAAGCCCGCCGAGCGGUUGCAGAAUUUCUCAAGGCUGGGCGGAAAGCGACGCCCCAACAAUAUCACAAUGCACGGCGUUCCUUAUUGCAAGCGCAAACGGCAGCAUACGAACAGCUACAAGAGCCUUAUUUUCGACGGUUCAAGAAAUCAAACCUGUACUACAAGUGGCUGGCCAUGGACGAAGCAGCGAAUACCGACAACAGUGCCGGAAAGGCGAGAAGCAUGACGCAACCUAUCGAGGCCUCAUCUUCAGUGACACCCUCAGUGUCUCGGACGCAUUCAAGACAAAAUAGUUCGUUGUAUGCACCACAAGGAGAUCUGCGCCGGGCAGUUGCAUCCUCUUCAGAUCUGAAAAGUCAAGCAUCAGCCAAUAUCAUCGAGCCACCUGCACGACGCUCCUUGGACGUAGCGCCAUCUACGUCGAAGCGAGCACCUCUGUUUGGCGAUGACUAUGACUCUGAUCCCCUUGCACAUUCCACUGCAAGCUUGAAUUCCGACUUUGGCUAUGAGCGAACUGGUGGAAAUGAUGCAAAGGUUGUGGAUGCCAUGCAGGCUGCUCUGACUGACAUCAUGGAUGAGCCAGAGGGGUCCAUUUUCUAUGAGCCGGGUCUAAAAUCACCCGUGGAUAAUGACUCAAUGCGUGGCUCUCUUGAUCUACCUCGGGCGUUGUCACCUAAUCCGCAAGGAAAAGAGAGUCUCAAGCCGAGCAUAGCAUCGCUCGGCCUAGUUGGAGAACCCAGGACCCGUGGCGUAUUCAACGACGAUCUGUUUGGUGACGAGCAGAAAUUCUUAGAAGAUGAAGUCGAUGACCCAAUAUCGAGCGAAAAGGCGGAUGACGAAGAGAUACACGAAGCUGCGCCGGGAGAUCUGGGGUUAGCGGAGGCGAUUGAUGCUCUUACAGCCGAUAUCGAGCGUUUGGUGACACAAGAGUCUAUUGUCGAUUCGCUGACAUCAAAGGCCGAGUUGACCAACAAUGCCGCCGAGCUUAGAAUCUUGCGCAAGUCCAAAGCUAGCUUACAGCGAGAGAUUCAGCGAAAAGAACUCCAACGGCAGCAGUACAUUGUGCAGGAAAGUGACAACAGUUUGUACGGGCGUGCAAAUGUGUUCAUACAAUCAAUCAUGGUGGGCACAGAAGAGGACGGCAAGGACUAUGCCAUGUACGUUAUUGAAGUCCGACGACGCGCGGGCGACCAAAUGCCUGCAGCAACUUGGGUCGUCUCGCGCCGGUACAGCGAGUUCCACGAACUGAACAAAAGGCUUCGUGCAAAGUUUCCCCAAGUUCGGAAUCUAGAGUUUCCACGCCGCCAGAUGAUACUCAAGCUUCAAAAGGACUCAUUGCACAAACGACGAGUUGGUCUGGAAAAGUACCUGCGAGAGCUCCUGCUUAUCCCAGCAGUGUGCCGCAGCCGUGAAUUUCGAGCAUUCCUCUCUCAAGCUGCGAUUAGUCCUGCCGAAGCGCUUAAGAAUCAAGAUCCAAACUCGAAUGAUUUCGUGACCCGCAUCUACAACUCCGUCGCAGACGGCAUGGAAGAAUUUCUCGGCAAUAUCCCCGUCCUCGACCAACUCUCCGUAGCAGGCCAAAACCUCAUCUCUGCAGCCACCACGCAGCUCGCCCACACCAACGGCGCGACCGCCCAACCCACAAGCCUCGCCUCCUCCGGCGUCCUCGUAGCCGGCGAGCCCAAUCCUGACGCUGAGGCGGAAGCCGAACUCCUCGCCUUCGAAAACAAAGAACUCGAGCCCUUCGUCAAACCAAUCUGCGACCUCUUCCUCGAAACCUUUGAGCUCAACCGCGAAAAUAACUGGCUCCGUGGCCGCGCUGUAGUCGUCGUCCUGCACCAGCUCCUCGGCGGCACCAUCGAGCGCAAAGUCCGCGAGUCCUUUGGCAACCUCGUUUCCGAAAUGAACAUAGCUCAGUACAUUGAUGCGCUCAAAGAUAGCAUGUGGCCCGAUGGCCGCAUGAAGGCUGGUGUGGAGCGGACGACGCAGGACAAGGAGCGGAGUAGGAAGGCGGCGAGUGAUGUGCUUAGUACGCUUAUACCCGAGUUGGCGAGUAGUGUCGUUGGGAGACAGAAUGCGCAGUUGGCGGCGAAGAAGUUGGAGGGGACGGUUAAUAAUGGGCGGUUGAACACCCAUCUUGUUUUCACGCUACUAGACGAAAUUCUACAUGUCUUGUUUCCGGAUGUUUAUACGAAGUAA